AUGGCCGCGAUCCAUGGGGCUGCUAUCCACGCCAUUGUGCCCGCUCUGUCAAGGAUCUAUGGUCCUGAAGAACUACCUGCACGAUGGCUGGUAGUGGCUGGGACGUGCCGCUCUGGCGAAAAUAACAUCUAUGUGCCAGCGCCGAAAGGCUCCUUUUUUGCCAAGUCUAACCUACCUGAGUCCAGUGUGUUUGCGCUGUCUUAUUUCUGGAUGCGCGACAUGGGUAAGGUGAACGACAAAGCAUAUGAGCUCGAGAUCAGCCAUCACAGUGUAGUUCAGUGGGAGCAACUUUUCAGAGACAUAUGCGUCAAGUACUUUAUGAGGAAUCCACCUUUCAUCGGAGCGUUUGGAUGUACCGUGGAGAUCGACGAAACACUGGUCACCAGGAGGAAACACCAGUGGUUCUUUGGUGGAAUCGAGAGAGGGAGCGGACGUGCUUUUCUUCUAUUGGUCCGAAGGAGAGACGCUCGAUCUAGCUGGAGAGCGUACAAUCAAAUUAGCGACAGCUGGAGAGCGUACAAUCAAAUUUCAAUGCUUCCACAAGCGUAUUGGCACCUCACGGUAAACCACCGGUUGAAUUUCGUAGACCCGCAGAGUGGAGCACACACACAGAACGUCGAGUCACUCUGGCAGAAAUACAAGCAGAUAGGUAAGCGGCGCUAUGGAAUUGACCGCCACGCUAUGAGGAUUACCUGUGCGAGUUCCUGUGGAAGAAACAGUUCGAACUUCGAAGCGGGGCACUCUUCAAUUUCUGGGGACCAGGCGGCAGCGCUCUACCCUUGUUAA